AUGGAUUUCAAUGAAACUCAACACCAAGAUAGCCAGAUGAGUUAUGUUCUAAUGCCGUUGGAAGUAUGCAAUUUGGAUAAGCCGUUUAGGAGAUAUCACGUUUGUACUGAAGACUGGUCCACAGCCGGCCGAACGCACUCGGCCGGACAGGAAGGGAAUUGGCUUCGCUCGGCCUUCUCCAGGACCGAUCCGGCCGCACGACCGCACCGUCCGACCCGGGAGGCAAUGGACCACGAUCGACCGAGAUCAUCACAUCACGGCCGACCAGACCGUGCGACCCGGGAAGCAAAGGACCGCGCUCGACCCGAUCUCCGCGAACAAGAAGCCCACUUAUGCAGUUUUGACUUUUCUCAGCCCAAUUAA